CCUCCUCCUCACAGCGUCUGAGUCUCCGGCUGCAUGAACGAGCCUCAAUUCACUACAAGCCUGAACUUCUCCGCUGAGUCUCUGCCAUAGCUCCACUGAGCGCAAGGCUACGUCUGCAGCAGCAGCGCAGCAGCGGAGGAUGUAAUCAAUGCCACAUGUUUCAUUUGAGCGAGCCGUGGAUUUUCACUCUCUAUUCGCUGGACGUUUUCUUAUAGCUCAUCGACUUGCUUCGCAAGAAAAACAACUUAACAGACAUGACGGGCUCCGAGUUUGUGCCCUGUAAAUCCAAAACUCCGUUUAAAGCGAGUGGACUCCGAAGUUCAUAAAAGGGAUUAUUUGCAUUUGGGUGCCUGACACCAUCGGUGCCUCUGGAUUUCUCUUUGGAAUUGGGAUUUAUUGUCUCUCGCGGGGAUGGAAAGCCGAGAUUUUGCUCCUCCACACCACCUCCUGACGGAGCGCAGUGCCUUGGUUCACAGCGCCGCGUCUCGGUUGGCGCCUGGCGGCCACGGCUCUAUGCACCACCCCGCGCACUUUCAGCCUGGAAAAUACUACUCAUCUCACCUCUCAAUGGCUCCGCAUGCAGGUGCUUCCUUCAUGGGUUCCUUCCUGGCCAGUAGUCUUGGCUCGCCUCCCCCUCACCCCUCUCACCCCACGGGACCGGCUGCUUCCCCUUCCUCCCCCUCGUAUCGGGCUGGAGCCCACUCGGGCGCCUCCUCGAUCUGGUUCCCCCAUUCACAUGAAGGGUACCCCAGCUAUUCAGGAAGUCUGGCUUCUCCUUUUCUCCCCAUGAGUCCUCUUGAUCACCAUAGCAACAGUCUCUAUGGACAGCACCGCUUCUAUGAAACUCAAAAAGAUCAUUUCUACUUGAGAAGCCUUCCACCACAACCCCCUCUGCUUUCAGCCAAUCACAGCCUACCGCCUCCAUCCAGAGCUGCCCCAGGACACCCACUGGGCUCGUGCAGCCGGGAGACAGACAGUGGAGGUGGCGGGCUGCAGAAGAGCUCCAAGGACAUGGCUGAUAAAGCAGUUUCAUCUGGGUCUAAGGAGCGAUCGUCCAGCAAAGAGCAGCACCCAGACACCAAGGACAAGCACCAUCAGUCUGUGCCCACAAGCACCUCAUCCUCCCACCAUCAGCCAUACCCCUCCCACCCAGCCCCGCCCUCACACCUAGCCCCACACCUUGCCUCACACAGCCGAGACGACGAGCGCCACACAGACUACAGAGACAGCGAUGCUGCAAAUCAGGGACUCAAACAUAUGAAUGCCUGUAAACUGUCUGCUGUCUGUUUGGCGGAAGAAACCAGCCUUGUGGCAGGAAAGGGGCGUGUUCUAAGUAGCUGUGGUGGGACUAGUGGACCUCCAUCUGGAGGAAACAGGCGCUCUUCCAAAGAUGAACCAGUGUGUAGUGAGAUGAGGAUCAGUGAGUCCUCUUCUGAAUGUAGGAGAAAAGGAGCUGUAGCAGCCAUCCUGGCUCCUCCACCCUCCCACUCAAUGUCGUCUUACCCCAUGCCCCCUCCACCUCACACCUUACAUAUCAACUCCACCAUGACUGGAGGUUGGCUACAUCACUCCCAUCAUCCCCACCCGGAUUUUUACUGUCCACCUGCACCCCUUUCCUUGGUGCCCUCCAAAGAUCCAACACCAGUCUCAGGAGGGUCAAGCAGAGAAGCCAAAGUCUCUGGUUCUACUUAUGUUCCUCUUGGAGAUUUAUCAGUGCCUGACUGUCAUGGAGUCGGUGGUGGUACACGAAAGGGAGAGGACAAAAGUGGAGAGAGACUGUAUGAAAGUUCUACUUACCUCCAACUUAGUAGUUGUCAGAAGAAGGACAAACCCCAGCAGCAGCUGGACCACAGCAAGGAUGACAAAGUUCAUGACUGGAAUCAGCAGCCCUUCCACAGACAUGGCCCCAGCCAGUACUGUCAGCUGGACCCUCAGUCCUGCAGCCUGGGGUCUUCUUCAUCCUGUAAGGAAGUAGAGGUGCUAGGCGAUGCUUACCGACCAUCACUGCCCACAGAGUCCCAGGGAUGUCACUCUGGAACUGAGCUUAGUAUAGACAGCACUUCUCCCUUGAGGGACUGUUCUCUCUCAGGUCCUCAGCCUAAUGGGAGGUCGAUCUCUGGACCAGCGGUGCAGAGGCAAGGACAAAAGGUUGCUAGGAUACGGCACCAGCAGCACAGCAGCUCAGAUGAGAGGGGAAAGGAUGAGGGUCAAACAGGACUCUCCUGGGGGCCAGAAGGGGGCCACCAAGAGGAACUGCGAAAAGGCCCCCAUCACACUUCAACCAACAGCCCUGAAGGAAGAGAGCACAACAACCGAGCCCCUAGUGUAGAUCCCAAACCCCACGCUCCACUAUCCCAUUCCUCAUCACACACCAAUGAGAGUGAAGGGAGUGCAAUUAAAACUCUUAUGAACUACAGUUCCCAGCAGCCUUUGCUGCUGCCUCAAAGAAGCCCUUUUGGGGGGCUUGGUUGUAUCAAGCAGGGUGUAGACAGAUUAGAAAAGGGGGAGCGUGGAAGUAAGGGCACCAGUUCUCCAUCAGAAUCACUGAAACAGAUGCUGCCCCCUCGCCGUGGCUCUGUUAAUGAGGGAGAGCGGGCUGACCGAGGUGGGAAAGAGGCGGGGGACACUGUGGAGGGGGAGGUACGCCAGCCUCCGGUUGGUAUUGCUGUUGCUGUGACCAGACCCCCCCAUCGCUCCUCAGACAGUGCCCCUGGACACAGCAGACAGGGCCGGGUGCUGCCCAGCAUGAAAGGGGUAUCCCGCCCUGUCUAUCCAUUGGGCCGAGACCUAGAUGAGAGGAAGAGACUGGUUGAGGAACAGAUGAGUCUUCAUCAACUGGACAGAGACAGAGAGCUGCUCCUCAGGGAAAACAAGGAGCGAGUCGAGUUUGCCCGCAUCCAUCCUUCCAGUAGUUGCCACAGUGACCUGACCUCUCACCUUCUGGGAGGAGCUGACCCAUCUGCACAUGCUCAUCAUCACUGGAUGCAGAGGACAGGGAGUCCUUCCCUUUGGAUGAGCCAUUCUUACGGUUUGAACCAUGUGGGAAUGAGCAGUAGUUUCCCUCCAGGUUUGCCCAGCCCCCUGGCACCCAUCAUGGACCCCAGUGCACCACUGGUGGUUUUGCCCACAGAACCAGGAGCUCAUCACCCCCUUGAUGUGCUUGAGCAGUCUGGUCUGUGGUCGGUGUAUGGCAGCCGAGGCCCUCCGCCUCAUCUUCAGCACCACCCGAUGUACACGCGAUCUUCAUUUCUACGACAACAAGAGCUAUAUGCACUGCAGCAGCAACGUGCUGUGGAACACAUGCAGCGCCACUCUCAAGCACAGAGGAAGAAUGAGGAGCACUGUAUCACAAUAGAGGAUUCUCCACAUGACUUACCAGUGUCCAGAACUCCUUCUCUGUCUUCCUCAUCAGCAGUCGUUACCAAACCUUUCUCUCACACCCCUCCUCCUCUGAAGACCACAACAACCUCCCCCUCAGUAUUUCCCAACAGCCACCAGUCAAGCUGCUACCAGUCCCCGUCCAGACGACCUCUUGCCCCAAACCCCCUGACGCCUGCCCCCAGCCCAGCCGCUGCAGCUCCUCGGUCUCCUGCCCUGAGCCCCGGUCCAUCCCAUCUGCCCAAGGGUCUGGAGCGCAGCAGUGACCGUGGAGAAGGGCAGCCUCCUCAGGACUACCCACCCUCACUAGAGCCAGACUUACCACCUGUAUACACCUUCCCUCCAAUCACAAUGGGUUUCAAAGCUGGAGCUUUGCCACAUGAAGCCCAACCUGCUGAAAAUGUCAUGACUGAAGCAGAGCUCAUCGACUCUGAGUCUAAAUCCUACCCACACUCAUGCUGCACUGUGGUGGAGGACCAGGAGAGGACCAGGUACAAUGCUGAAGCUAUGACUCCUCAAAGCGACAGUGCAAAUGACGAGAUUGAGCAGAGGGAGGAAAAAGCAUGCCCCAUCUUACAGAGCCCUGCUCCAGUCCUGGCCACAGCCAUGGGCAAUGUCCUACAAGUGGAGCAGUCUCAGGGCUGCCCAGGCCAGAGGGCUGCCUUGGAGGAGCUGCCUCUAUCCAAAGAGCAGACGGAUGGUGGAGGACAUGAAAAGCAGGGCAGUGAGGAGGGAGAGAAGAGAGAGCCUGAACAUGAAUGGAAUGCUUCUGUGCCUGAAGACCUCAGAGAGGACACACAGGAAAAACCAGGACAAAAGCCUGCACUGGGGGUGGAUGAGGGAGAGGAGGCCUGUGUGAAAAGCAGCUCCAUGGAGGUGUCCUACACCCCUCCCUGCUCCCCCAGCCCUCCCUUUUCAGCCCAGCUACAAGGAGCAUACAUGUGGAGCCUGGAGCUGCUAAUCGCUGCUGCUCUGUGUGCCACCAGAGAUGCCCUGUACCCACCAACACCUACGCUCCUGCCCCCCAGCCCACUGCCACACCAUGGGAUGGAGAUCCUGGGAGAGCUGGCUGAGCUGGAGCUCGAGAAGAGGAACAGACAGAACAAGGAGAAGGGAGGCGAGGACAUGCUGACCUUUGACCUGCACAGUCUGGCGACACUGGCGGCUGCUCGCGCCCUAGAGAUGGCAGGAGACACGGCACCUCAGGGGGCGGACCCUGAGAGUCCAAUCAGGAAGAGGCUAAACCUGCGCAGGAAGUGCAGUUGGAGACCUCGUCAUGAGCCGGUGUGCCCAGUGAAGGGCUCCAUGGACUUGAUGGGAGGGGAGGAGCUGGCCAUGCGUGUCCAGCUGGCUGAGCUACAGCGCCGCUACAAAGAGAAACAGAGAGAAUUGGCGAAGCUACAGAGGAAACACGACCACCAGAAAGAAGAGACGUCUCGAAGCCCUGCUCGCCGGGGGCCCGGCCGCCCCCGCAAGCGCAAGUCCACCCCCGGGCCAGCUGCUGCAGCAGAGAGCUCCAAAAGACUCCGGCCUGGGCUGAGUUUACUGGAGCAAAAAGGCAAGAAGAAAAUGUCCAAUCACAGCUUUAGCAGCCUCAGUGCUGCACAGAUGAAGGCUCGUUGUAAGCAUAGAGGUCGGCCCAACACCCUGAACUCCAGGCUGGCCAGGAGAGUUACCCAGCUCAAACACAAGGCUCAGCGUGGAGCCUCCUCAUCCACAGCCACAACGCGGCGUCCUAGAGAUCCACAGCAGAACUGGACCGCCUUUCAGACCAUGAAGAGGAAAAGGGGGCGCAAACCCAAGAUGCUGAUGGGAGGUGACCCAAAGAAGGCUCAGCACAAGGAUGAGCGUGCCUCUGAGAAGCCAGAGUGUAGGACAAGCAAGAGCGACAGUGAGAGUUCAGACCACACAGAGGAUGACCACGGCAGUUGCAACAGUGAAGAUGGAGUAGCAGAUAUUAAGAUUAGCUCAUCCUCUAAUGAAGCUGCUGGAACUAGAUUUUUUUCAACACUUUCCUCCAAAUUUCAAGCAAACCAAAAGCCCAGGAUGAGACCAGAUCAGCAUGGUGUAGAUUGUGCUACAGUGUCCAAUCCAAAAAGACAAAAGACAAACUUUUGCAGCACAGACGGAAGACUCCUGGACUAUCAGAGACCCGUGAAAAGGGCCCUGGCGGACUGCUGCGGGCCACUGCUAGGCUUUGGCUUUGGAGAUCCACAAGCCAGCCGAACCAGCAAGGAAACAGCAGCACACAGCAUUAUUGGAAAGGUCAAAGGUCAUGCAGUCAGUCGGUUGCUUCAGAGCUUUACCAGUGAUGACGGCUUUCACUUGGAUGAAGAGAGCAGUUUUUCUGAAGGUGAUGAUGAUGAAGAUGAAGAUAAGCAGAAACCACUGCACCUUCCUCCCAACAUGCCUCGCAGGAUACCUGCUCUGCCCAAUUGUGUUUUGAGUAAAGAAAUGUUGGUGGACGGUUUGAAGAUUCUUAUUUCCAAGGAGGAUGAGCUCCUCUAUGCAGCUUCGGUCCACACUCUGGAACUACCUGACAUAUUCAGUGUUGUCAUUGAAGGAGAAAGGGGGAACAGACCCAGGAUUUAUUCACUAGAGCAGCUCCUGCAGGAGGCAGUGCUGGACGUGCGUCCUCAGACUGAGGCGAUUCUGUGCGGGGGGACACGGGUAUGUGCCUACUGGAGUGAGCGCUCCCGAUGCCUUUACCCCGGCUAUGUCCAGAGAGGAGGCCCAGGAGAGGACGAGAAGGAGGGCAGUGUGAUGGUGGAGUUUGAUGAUGGUGAUAGAGGAAGGAUUUCUCUGGCCAACAUCAGACUCCUGCCUCCAGGAUACCAAAUACGCUGUACUGACCCUCCUCCAGCACUUCUAAUGUCCCCAGGUCGCAGAGGUCGACAAGUUUCUCAGGAGAGAAAAGCCAGCAGUGAGGAGCCGGUCAGGCUGCAGGAGAAAAGACCAGUUGGCAGACCCAAGAAAAUGCACUCAGUGCCCGAGUCUCUCAGUGCACCAGCAGCAAUGGCAGAGCACAGGAUUAAGAACACUUCUCCACUGAGCUGGUCUGCGCCCAAGAAGAGAACUCCAGUGGACUUCUUCCUCUUCAACGGAACGUCCCGUAAGACCCAGCGGAAGAUCAGAGAGCACGACCUGGCCUUGUUUCACCGGCCUGCCUCCCAUCCUCUCUCACACUCUGCCCCCAUGAAAGGAAUCUUUGGGCUGCCCUUUGAAGUGGACUCUUUCAGAAGCAUUGCUAAUGGCUACUCCACAUUUGGAGCUGCUAGACCUGGUGCCAUUGUACCAAUGAUGGGGCUCAGAGAACCCUCAUGCUCUCCUGCUGUCGCCAUGGCGAUCGGAUCAGCCAACAGGAAGUUGGUGAGUGAGCGUGACAGGAAGCAGUAUCUUAUUAAGCUUGACCAUGAAGGUGUGACUUCUCCAAAGACCAAAAACAGCAAAGCCCUGCUUCGGCUUGGGAGCAGUGGGCUUAGGGCUGGGGCACCACUGCGUUACAUCCAUCCUAGUCUCCUGGUCAAAGGAGGAAAGAAAGGCAGAGCUGAUGUAAACAUUCCCAAAGGCACUUCCCCUCCCAGGGAGGAGCUCCGCUCUCCUGGCCUGAGCGCUGAUUACAGUCUGGAGUACCCCAGUGACUGCCCCAGCUCCUACUCAGAGCUGGAUGAGGAAGAUGAGGAUGAGCGUGGAGCAGCAGACACACGGAGAGACUCUGGGACCACACAGUGUCGCAGUGGACGCUUCCAGUCUCAUCUCUCCUGUUUCUCCUCGUCAUCGUCAUCCUCUUCUUCCUCUGGCUCCAUCUCUUCUUCCUCAGUCUGCUCCUCUGACAACGACUCCUCCUAUUCCUCUGAUGAAGAGUCAUCAUCUGUGAUGCUCCGCCGGGCUCUGCUCCAACAAGUCAAACAGAAACAGAGGCAGAGUUUGACUUCUGACCCCACCACGUCUAAGGGCACUCCAGUACACAGCUUUGUCCCCACAGCUAACACAAUCACCUCUGGGGCCAAGCCACAAGCAGAGAGCAAAGACGACAGAAAAGAAUACAUUGGUAAAGGGAAUGCACUGAACAACAGUGGCUGCUCCAAAGGCCAGAAGAGGAAAGAAGGAGCUGCUAACAGCCAGAGCCAGCAGCCUAAAGCUAAGGACCCUGUCCCAGCCAAGAGGCAAAUGAUGUCCUCUACAGAGACCCUCACCAACAGGUCUGCUCUACCAGGACGCCAGCUCUGGAAGUGGUCUGGGAAUCCUACUCAGAGGCGAGGACUGAAGGGCAAAGCUCGUAAGCUUUUCUACAAGGCCAUUGUGCGUGGCAAAGAGAUGGUACGUGUGGGAGACUGUGCUGUAUUCCUCUCACCUGGUCGGCCCCAGCUGCCCUAUGUGGGCCGUGUGGAGAGCCUCUGGGAGUCCUGGAGCUCCAGCAUGGUUGUCAGGGUCAAGUGGUUCUACCACCCAGAGGAAACUCGCUUGGGGAAGAGACACCGUGAUGGCAAGAAUGCCUUGUACCAGUCAAGCCAUGAGGAUGAAAAUGAUGUGCAGACCAUUUCCCAUCGCUGUCAAGUGGUCAGCCGAGCAGAGUAUGACCACCUCACACGAGACCGCAAACCUGGCACCAACGACUUGUUCUACCUGGCUGGGACCUAUGAGCCCACCACGGGGCAGCUUGUGGGAGUGGAUGGUGUGCCCAUUGUGUCCUAGCUCUCUGUCUGUCAGAAAGCCAAGAUUUUGACUUUGGAAAAAUCAUCUUCCAGAAAUCUUUGAAGACACACAGAAGGACAGAGAUGCAAGCACAAUAGCUUUAUUGUUUGUAUUGGAGUCCCUAGUGUGAAGAACUGUCCCCAUUGGACAAACCAGAGUCCAGUGCUGAGGGAGGACGGUUCUGCGCUUUGCUACAUGUGGGCAAGGCCAGUUUGUUGCAUGGAGAGUCUCCAAGAGUUUCAAAUAAAGAACAUCUUGUCACUGUGACGAGAUUAGUGCAACAAUAGAACAGGAACCAAGGACAUGAGCACUUUGGACAGAGUAAGCAAGCUAUGCUAGAGGAGGAGGGCCUCCAUGGCCUUCUGAUUACAAAGACUGGGGGGGAGGGAGACGUAAGGAGGGUCUUGCUGUUCUUAAGGUGGCCUGAAUGGUCCUCCACUUGAGAUUUCAACAGGACCAAAAAAACAGAGUGAGUGUUUGCGUGUGUGUGUGUGUGAGUCGUCAGGACACACCAAGGGUAUGUCUCUAAUUAACACUUAUUCUGUCCAGUAAUAAUAUGUCAUUUGUUUUGUUUUAGUUGUUUUCAAUUGUCAAGCCAUACACGUCAAUACCUCUGUCGCCUCCUGCUUCAGGAGCAAAGACACAUGUACAGGUAGUAGGAUGUUUUUGGAUUGAGUGACUGAGUGUACGUGACAGUGUGAGUACUUAAGUGUGUUUUUGUACAGUAUGUUGUACAAACAUUGUAAAUGACAUAUUAUAUAUUUGUCCCUUUGUUUAUAUUUGUGGAAGAGAAAGUGGAGGAGUGCUGUGUGAACUCUCGAUGCACUGAACAGGAAGUGAGCUUAGAAAUUGAUUGCAAAGACUUUGCGAUAUGUGCCCUGCUUUGGGCAUUAAUGUACAAAUGGUUUGGGGUGUCUAAAUGUAUUUAACUCUUCGAUUCAGAAUGUGCUUUUUUCUUUUUUGUUUUUUACACUUACUGUAAAAGAAACUGAGUUUCUAUCAUCUGCCAUUGAAAUCUAAACCUGUAAUGGUUAGUGUUUUUAGAAUGUAGAUAUUUAAAUAUCUGGCUUCAAAGUGAAACAUACCAAAGUACCUGAGUGAGUUUACGUUUCGCAGCAUUAAAAUAAAACAGACAAAAUCCAAUCAGAUUUAAGUCCGGGAAUCUUGCAAUCCGAGGAAGGAGUAGAUUCUCUCAUCGGCUUGUGUCCAUCCACCGUUGCCAUGACAGCCCAGCUGAUGCACUUGAGAUCUCUACGGCAACCAGGAUGGAUCACGUGAGUGUGAAGGACAAUCAACGCCAAUCAAUGGGACAGUGUUGGAGGGAGGGGGAUAAUGAGGAUCAAAUCUCAAAUUGUGUCACUUUUAUUCCUGUUUUGCCAAAAAUAUUUUUGUUUGCUUAUUUGAGUGAUUUUCUUUAUGCAAACCUGUGACAAGAGUCACAGGAUGUCAAAGGAUGUACAGGGGAAGAACAUUGAUGCCUUUUAUUUUGACUGAGUUUUAACUAAAAUGUCGCUGUUACACUGCAAAGCAAAAGCUUUAAGAGGAAACUAAUGUGAAAUUCAAUUCUAUCGUGUUACUUUAAUGGGUCUUUAAUUGAUUUUUGCAAAGGCUGUAUACUCUUUAAUAAAACACUGGAUUCAUUUGUAUCCAUCAUGACAAAAUCAUUGCGCAAAAUGUUUUAGACCCAUAGGAACCUGCUUUGUAUGGUUGAGAUCACCCAAAAUACACUAUAUACUGUAGGAAAUAUUUUGCAUUUCCUGUUGUACAAGAGAAUAAUUAUUUAUCUUUUCAUUUUAAAGUUAUUGCUUUAAUUUUAUUGCUUUGCUUUUUAUUGCUUUAUUAAAAAAAUCUUACAUAAAUC